GCUUUUGACGUUUAUUUGUGCACUUUUGAAAUGGUCAGUCGCAAAGGUGCAAUGACAACGUUUUCAGCUAUGUAAGGAAACACUUUGAACUUGAUGUUGUUUAGGAAAUGUUUUCAGUGGGGAGUAACUGAAUGCAUUUACGAUGGGCGAAAGUGUCUUGUUAUUCGAGGGAAUAUAACAGAUGAGACUCUUAAAAAUGUUGACACAAAUAUAGAUAUCCUGAUAAUACAAAAGUGUAAACUACACGCGUUAGAGCGAAAACUACAGCAAUUCAAACCUAUUCAAAUAUUAGUCCUGAAUGAAGCGUUCUUAAGUGUACUACCUCUGGAUAUUUGUUCUUAUAGUUUUUUGUCAUUGUUGGAUAUUUCAAACAAUCUUUUGUGCAGUUUGCCUCAUGAAAUCGUUGAGUUAACUUCACUCACUGUGUUGGACGUUUCAAAGAAUUGUCUUGAAGAUAUAGACGUAAUAUGCGGUUUGUCUGGUCUUCAGUUUCUCGAUGUCACGGAAAAUAAGCUAACGAAACUGCCACGAACACUUUGGAAGCUCAAAGGAUUGCAGUCCCUUUCUUGCUCAUCUAAUCAGAUUGCUUAUCUGCCAGAGGAGGUUGGUUAUUUGAAAUGUCUUACUAUCUUGCGGGUAAAUAAUAAUAAGCUUUCGUCUCUUCCGCGGUCUUUUUCAAAAUUAACUGACCUACUGCUUUUGCAACUUGACGGGAAUUACUUUGACCAUAUUCCUUCUCAGAUUUUUAGCUGUACUUCUUUGUUGGAGUUGAGUAUGUCAAAUAAUGUGGUUGAGGGUAAUCUUCCUGCAAGAAUAAACUCCUUGUCUGCUUUGCGUACGUUGAAUUUGGCUCGCAAUAGGAUAUCUGGGUUUCCAUCUGAACUUGAAAAACUGGAGUGUUUAGAGUACUUAAACAUCAGUGAUAACCCAGUUAAAAAGUUGUCACUUCCCUUGGCAAAACUGCUACAAAUUCAAGAACUUUCUGCCGCGGGAUGUGGAUUAUCAUGUGUCCCAGAUGAUCUUGGUUUAUGCUGUAGUCUCAUUAUUCUUGAUUUGAGCGGAAACAAAAUCGAUAGGUUGGCUAAUGAGAGCUUUUGUCUCGCACAGCUGACUUCCUUGUGUUUGGCAUAUAAUAUCAUCUCAAGUUUACCUGUUUCAAUCUGUGAACUGAGAAACCUGGUUGUUUUGGAGCUGCAAUUCAAUAAAUUGAAUUCACUUCCAGAAGACUUUUGGUGUUUGUCACGCACACUUCGUCAGUUGGACCUAGGACAUAAUGCAUUUGAGACUAUCCCCCUGUCCAUUUUCCAUUCUGGGAGCCGUUUGUCUUAUCUGUGUCUGGAUUCAAAUCCGAUCUCGGAAGUUCCAAAUGAAAUAAGCAACUUGAAAGAACUAACUCACUUGUCUGUUUCCGACUGCAGUCGACUAGUGCGCUUACCUGAGGGUCUGGGAUUAUGUUCAAACCUCCGUAUGCUAAAAGUUGCUAAAAAUAAGUUAUCAUUCGUUCCAAAGUCUCUAGCUAAACUGGAAUCUCUGAAGUACUUGGAUCUCUCAAAUAAUGACUUCGAAAACUUUCCAUUGAUUGUUUGCUUUAUACCAAGGCUUCGUGUGCUUCUUUAUGAUCAGGGUGAGGGAAGGCCGUUGUUACCACAUGAAAAUACUGAUGGAUGGUACCGCAAAAGUUUAGUCUUGCACCCUGAAACAAAUGACCUCUGUAACCCACAGUUCGUGGAUAAUUUCGGAGGAAGUACGGGAGCCUCGGUUGAAGAUAUUUUGUUGGGAACACCGACUAUCAAAGGCCUCCCGUCAAUGAUUGAAAAUCUUAUACAUUUGGUUCAUUUGUCUCUUCAAUCAAACGGGUUAUAUAUAUUGCCUGACGUGUUCCACAAUAUGAAAUUGCAACGACUAAACGUGAGCCAUAAUCGUUUGCAUCAUCUUCCUCCGAAUUUCCAUAAUUGUAAGUGUCUAACGCAUCUAUAUUUGCACAACAACAAUAUCGGUCAGCUUGACCAAAACUUUCGACAGCUAAGAACCCUACGCGUAUUAACUCUACAGCAAAAUCCUCUUGUAUGUCCUCCAGUGGAAGUUGGGUCGGAAAAGAAGGUUUUACCAGUAUUCGCGUACUUAAAACAACAGAAUACGUAUGAAGGUAAGCCUUUUCUCUCCAUGUUCAGAUUACUAUCUGACAGAUUCAAAUGAUAUUAACGUUCAGUUUGUUUGACAGACGUUUUUAUUCCCUACCAUUAGUGCAUUUAGUAAGGUGCAAUAACAAGGUAAGGAAAGACUUCUGGUUGCAUGGGCAGUUAAUUUAAUCAUAGGCUUCUAAAACAACAAAUGGAGUUAUGCGUAAACGGCUAUUCUGCUUGUCGUACCUAAAGGCAAUAUAAAGAUUAUCUCCAGAUAGUAUGUGUCAGUUUGUUUAUACUGAGAAACUGAUACAACACAAGGAGUCAAUGUGAUUAUCUUUACUGUAGUGCAGAAUACGUGUAUUCAACAUCCUCAGGAGUAUGGUUAAACCAGCUUUCGUCUAUAACAUGUUUACGAAUAUACUGGCAUAAACACUAUUCUAUACCAGAAAUCAGCAGUGGGUUAGAUUUGCUUAGGCUGUUACACGAGAUAAACUAAGGACAAAAGAAAUAAUACGUAGGCACAGACAAAUAAAAUAACAGACUGCUUGACGAAUCGAGACACUUUUGCAAAAGCCAAGCGCUGAAUAUGGAAGUUGGAAGUAGUUUCGACGUCAGGUUUUCGUGCAGGAUGGCAAGAUUUAUCGGGUUAAGAUGCUACACAUAACUAUGCCUUUUGCUCUUUUUACCAGAUAAGUACUAUAACUUGGCUUUAAACGUGAUGGUUUUAAUUUUUAACUCCAUUGGUUCUAAUUUUGUAGUUUAGUGCUGUAUUUUGACGUGUUCUAGGUUUUCACUGUUUCUUAUGUUGCAUUCAUUUUCCUAGAGGAUGCAGUGAGCAAAAGCAUGAGGUAGUAAAUGUUUAUCAGCUGAUUUUGAGUAACCGUCUCUUUAUUUAUGCAUAAACAGAGUGGUACCAUUUGUAUCAAGGGAUUUAUUUCAACAAUAAUGUAGUAAUAGAUCUUUUGAUACUGUCAUUUCAUUUGAUAAGAAUCGGAAUAACAUUAUCUUCAUCUUUUCUGGUCACUUUUGAGCAAUGCAUCACUGCCUAUUCAACUGAAAAUUUAAAAGUGUGAAGAUACUUUGUGGUUGUUUAUGUUGCGAAACACUGACUUUUUGUUCACUUCUAGAUUUCGCCAGGAUUUUGCUGUCAAAACUAUCUAGCCAAAAUAUUUGAAGUGUUGACUCAACCUUUUGUUUUAAUUUUCGCGGUUGAUCAUGAAGAAGAUAUAGUCCAGCUUCCUAAAAGAAACAAAUUCAGCCACAUCAUGCGCAUCCACAAGGUAGGCAAUAAGCCACACCUAUUGUAUGGAGGCUAGUGAUACUAUCUGACUGCCCAAACCUCGGUAGGUGGGGCGGGAUUCGAACCCGUAGCCCACUGGUUGAUAGUCAUCUUCCUAAACUACUGAGCCAGUUACCAUGAAAUUGAGAUUCUAUUUAACAACGUUUAAAGAGUUUAAACAUGUUUUUGCAUUUUUAUCCUGUUUUUGGUUUAUACUGGAUACUGGAUACAUCAGGUCGAACAAAUCAGGCUUGAUAGCAUGAAAAAAAAUGGAAACGCAAUUAUUCGAUAUCGUUUGAUACUUGUAAUUUCCCACUGCUACACGGGGUCGAGUUACUUGACCUUUGUUGGCAGACGGGCUCCGCAGGUAUCAAAAUAGUGUCCGUUGCACAAGUGGUGGCUCUCGGGCCCCAGUGGCCUAGUGGAUAACGCUUUGGCGUUUGAAGUGGAACACUGGGUUCCAGUCUCAGUUAGAACAAUGUCACUCACUGAGAUGCAGGUAUAUCCAACUGACGAGUCUCAGAUGGGGCAAGCGCCCGUCUUGGAUCCCACUAUUUCAUUCUCAAGUCUCUAUGUCAGAUGCUUAUAGAUAACUUUCCGAAGGAGAGCACACACAGUCUCCUCCGUAAAAUUGGCUUUUCUGAUUCAAUGAUAGAAUCCUUGGAAAAACAAUUUCCUGGAGGUUAUAACCAUGUCAAACGCCUAAAGAUUGCAUUGGAAGCGUGGUCAGGUUUUUCUUUUGUCUCUGAAAUUUUAAAUGAUGAAAAUAAAACAGAAUCAUAUUCUAGUCAACAAAUUAACGACAGCAAAAAUUUCACUUCAUCUGGUAUACCUAUUGAGUCGGACGACGAAACAUCGGUAGCAGAUGAAGAUUUGCAUUUGAAGUUGAUUGAAAAAAAGGAUUCCUUGUCUUCAAGUGUUAAAUUAUUUAAAAAAAUGAUAUCUAAUUCCAGUGCCAACCCAUACCGACUUCUACACAUCAUACACUUGAUUGGUUUAGACGAUUUACACUCCAAGCUUUUGGAAUACUUUCUGAAAACUCAACAAGUACGUUUUUGAACUGAGAAUCUUCUCAAUCAAUGUGAUAGAUUGUUAUUACUAUCGUUUUUAUUUAGUCUUUCCUGUUUUAGAAUAUUUUUUUCUUUUCAGUCAUCUUUUUAAUUUUAAUAUAACAUCUGUUCUACAGAAAGACAAUUAGUAGAUUAGAAAUAAACGCUACUAGUAAAGUUU